GUGUACCCCUAGUGAUUCCACCGUGGAAUCGUCACAACUCUGAAAUGGCGACACGUGUGCGAGGGACCCACCGUGUGUCAAGAAGGCUCCACGUUGGAUGAGAGAUGAAAAUUUUUCAAUAAAAUCAAGCGCCUUCUCUAUCUCCACUCUCUCUCUCUCUUUGGCGCUCCCCGUCCAGAUCCCUGUGCUCCGUCUCCCUCAGGCCGCGCCGACGCCGACGCCGACGCCGACGCCGACGCGGCCGCCGACGACCAACGCCCUAACCUCCGCCUCCGCCCUAGCCUCCGACGCCGACGACGCCUCCGUCGAGCCAGGUCCGCCGCUGCCCAUGAGCGACGUCCGUCGCCUCCCACGAGCGAGGUCCGGUGACGAUUCCACGGUGGAAUCACUAGGGUUGCUCCGGCGCACGCUCCGUUGCCAUGUUGCUGCUUCGGCUUUCCUUGCUCCCCGCCGUCACCUAGGAAGCACACCGCCCCGCUCCGACGAAGCAAAGCCCUCAUCCUCGACUCUCUCCCACCGGCGCUCGCUCGCUCGUUCCGUCUCUGCUCCGACGCAGCUUUCCUUCGCUGGGGUGGCCGAGAUCCGGGGAUCCCAUUUUGACUUAAUUCAGCCGCGGUCAAGCAUUGCCUUUGUUGGACAAGGGUCGUGAAGAGAGGGACGGCAAACAGAUGUGAAUUGUGUCUGAGCUAUUAUGGUCCACUGUCAUGAUAAUUUAUGAGUAGGUGCAGAAUGGCGAGUGGUCUGGAGCUUACGUGACCAAGAAUUCGGCCCUGCAAUCUUUGUGGUUGGUCCAGGGUGAAUGUGUUGUCUGCUGAUGUAUUAAAAUAGGAAGCAAGGGAAUAAAUUUUAUAAGAUAAAAUGUAAUUCAUUGCUUGUCGACUUUGGUUUCGGCCUUAGGAAAAAAUGAUGUAUUGUUCUUGUUUGUUGUUUAUCAUUGUUAAGUUUAAAUGAGAAUGACGUGCUUCGAUGUGCAUA